AUGUCAGUCUCCGACAUCCCAGUGCAGGGGCCACGCGGCCCCACCUCAGCGCACUCGCCGGCGCUCAAGCUGCUUCUUGCAGAAGCGAGACGGCAGUUUUGCGCCCCCACGAACGAGGAGCAACCUGCCGAGGCUGCUGCCCCAUCCCCGCGGUUCCUACGUUCUGGAACUUGCAGGGAUAAUGCACCAGCGGCAACACAGCGACGACGCCGCGGCCGUGCUGCCCCGGACAACGUCGACGAUGGCGGAGACACCACCAGCAGCGAGAGCGACGACGAGACUGCCAGCUCGCGCCGCUCUAGCAGCUGCCCGCCUUCCUGCUCGUACUCGUCGAGCAGCGAGAGCAGCAGCGAGGACAGCCAGAUAACCCCGGCCACGGAUUCUAUUAGAAGCCGUUCGCCCUCGCCCGGCGCGCAAGGAGAAAGCGUCGGCAUCCCCGCUGAAGCCGUUUUGGCCGUGGCUACUCGAGCGCCGCAUGAGCCCACGGCACCCGUAGUCGCCCUCGCCGAGACCGAGGCGAGCACGAACGCGGCCGCGAGCGACGCUCCCGAGAGCUGCCCCACAGCGCAUGCGCCGCCGAGCAACGUCACGGACACGCGAGACGAAGCCCCGCCCCUACCCGCGGAGCCUCCUCGCCCCGGCGCGAAGCAGCCGGCGCCCGCGGAGCCUCCUCGCCCCGGCACCAAGCAGCCAGGGCAGGAAAAAACAAAACAGCAGGCGCAAGCGCCGCAACAUGCGCUCGGUGACGAUCACCACCGUCGCUACCGGUGGCGCAGCCAUCGAGUGCGGCCGAACCUUCGGCGGAACGUCGUAGCCGUCGACGCGCUGCCCGGCACGGACCUUUCCGCACUACUCGCCGUCCGGGUGAUAUGCGACGUGCCCGUCAAGGCGAAGGCACUCAUCGCCGACUCCUGCACGGGCACGCUCUUCAACGUGGACCCGGCGCUCGAUGGGCCUUCCAUCCCUGAGGGGCUCGAGUCCCGGGUGCCCGUUCUCGCCGUCACCAGGAGCGGCGAUGUGGCAACCCUCCGCUUCACUGGCAGAGACGUCCCGGAGGAAGUACACCUCUUCAAACAGCGCCGCGUCGUACGUCCGCAGCUGCCACGGCCGUUGCAGUGCGGCCGAUGCGGGCUCUUCGGGCACGCCACAGCAACCUGCUCCCGCGACCCUCGCUGUCUCCAGUGCGCGGGGUCGCAUGCGACGAGCGCCUGCACGUCAGAGCGGACCCGCUGCAUUAACUGCCGGGGCCCGCAUGAGUCAACAGAGCCACGCUGCCCCAACUGGCAGCUCGAGCGGCGGGUGGCGAGCAUACUCGCGAGAACUGUUCCGCGCAUCACGCGCCGACAAGCCUUGGUUCUCGCGAGGAGCAGUGCCCCUGCAGCGCGGAACCAGCAGCCGGCCACCACCGGAUCGCGCGCCCCCGAGCCACGACCAUCGCAGACGGUCCAGCCGGGACGCUCCUUCCGCGACGUGCUAACCGGCAACACAGCGCCGCAGCCAGUCGCCGAGAGCAGCCCUGCACAGCCCCGCAGCGCGACAACACCCGAUGCACGUGACCUCGUUAUAACGACGCUCGCGUCGGCAUUGCGUGCACUCUUGGAAUCGCUACCUGCCGACUCGCCAGCGAGUCACAUGUGUGUCGCAGCACUGGAAAUGCAUGACGCCCUGAUCCAGCAUGGCUAG